CUCGAACCCACUUUAUUCCAGAUAGUUGUUGGAGUCCUGGGAAACUUCUGGCUCUUCUAUCAUUUUACGUCCCUUUGCCUCAGGGGAUACGGGGCAAAGUCCACGGCCUUGAUUCUCAGACACUUGACUUUAGCCAAUUCCUUGGUCAUUCUCUCGCGAGGAAUCCCAGAGACCAUGGCAGCUUUUGAGCUGAAAUCUUUCCUCAAUGACUUUGGAUGCAAAGUUGUUUUCUUUGUUCACAGAGUGGCCCGGGGUGUGUCCAUUGACAGCACCUGCCUCUUGAGUAUCUUCCAGGCCAUUACCAUCAAUCCCUGGAACUCCAGAUGGGCAGUGCUUAAAGGGAAAGCUCCUGAAUACAUUGGCCCCUCAAAUAUCCUCUGCUGGAUCCUGAACAUAAUACUCAAUAUUAUGGUUCCUGUGUGUGUGACUGACAAAUGGAACAAUAAAAACGCUUCAAGAACUAUGGACUUAGGAUACUGUACUUCUGAACUGCAUGACAAAGACACAGUUUUACUAUACAUGAUAGUGAUAUCUGCCCAUGACGUUUUCUGCUUGGGGCUCAUAACUUGGGCCAGUGUGUUCAUGGUUUCCAUCUUGUACAGGCACAGGCAGCAGGUCCAACACAUUCAUAGGACCCAAGUGUCCCCCACAGCCUCCCCUGAGAUCAGAGCCACUCAAAGCAUCCUUUUCCUGGUGAGCACCUUCGUGUCUUUUUACACCCUGUCCUCCAUAAUUCACAUUUAUUUUUCUAUUGUUUAUAAGCCCAGCUGGUGGCUGAUGAACACUUCUGCCUUAAUCAAUUCUGGUUUCCCAACUGCCUACCCCUUUAUUCUCCUGAGUCACAACCACCGUCGUAAUGCAAGUGUCCUGAGGUGA